AUGAGCAACACGGACGCCGAGCACUCGAAGCGGCCCGACGAUACGCCGUUCAAGCAGCAGCGCCUGAAGGCGUGGCAGCCCAUCUUGACGCCCAACUGGGUCAUUGGCACCUUCUUCGUUGUCGGGCUCAUCUUCAUCCCGAUCGGUGUCUUUCUCUUUGAAGAAAACAAGAACAUCGUCGAGAUGUCGCUGCAGUACGAUGGCGUCAACAUGCGCGCGCCGUCGGCCGCGGACGGCGUCGCACUCCAGAACUUUACGCUGCAGGAAGACAUGAAGGCGCCCAUCAUGGUGUACUACCAGCUCGACAACUUUUACCAGAACCACCGGCGGUACGUCUCGUCCCGGAGCGACGCGCAGCUGCGUGGCGAGAAGGCGGAGCUGCCCAUCUCGACGUGCACGGGCUCGCCCGGUAUCACCAGCCUCAAGUACAACUCGACGGAAGACCUCGCACCGGGCGCGACCGCCGCGUACUACCGAUUCAACCCGUGCGGCCUCAUCGCCAACAGUCUCUUCAACGGUACGCACACCUCGAGUUACCUCGGCCAAACCGACACUUACAACGGAAAGGAGGUUGUCAACCUCAUGGACCAGUCGGGUCUCGCGUGGCAGUCGGACAUUGAGACCAAGUUUCAAAACCCGACGACGCUGGAUAGCGAGGACAUGAUGCUGUGGCAAAACCCCAAGUACCGGUUUGUGAUUCCGGCGCGCACGGGCCAGGAGCGUAUUCUGAACGUGACGGGCUGGACGACGGCGGCGCCGCUGUACGGCGUCGAGACAGAGCGCUUCAUCGUGUGGAUGCGCACGGCUGGCCUCCCCAACUUUCGCAAGCUGUACGGCAAGAUCAACACGGACUUGCCCAAGGGCACGGUGCUUCGCUUCCUCGUCUCGUCCAACUUUGCCGUGACGCCGUUUGAGGGCAAAAAGUCGCUCGUGAUCUCGACGCUGUCGUGGUACGGCGGCCGCAACCCGUUCUUGGGCGUCGCGUACAUGGUCAUCGGCUCCAUCUGCAUUGUGCUCUCGCUCAUCUUCUUUGCCAAGCACAAGAUGACGCCGCGUAAGCUCGGCGACACCAACUACCUUGUCUGGAAGGCGAAGAACUAG